GCCUCGAAGCCUUCCUUCAAAUCUCCUGCGAGCACCCAGCGUUACCUCGUCAGCUUUGGUUGGCUACUGAAAUCCAUUUUGGUUAGAUACGCCGAGCAUUGGCUCUCGCAAGCUUUCAUGCAGCUGUUGCCUGUUAAUUACCUGUGACUUGUGAUCUCAGGCAAUGCAAGGGCGCUUGAGCAAGUUAGGGAAGUAUUUGCCGAAGAUUCCAGUUAUGGCAGCGUCUUCGUUCGCUACUCUGCAAUCCCAGGGUCCAGCAGUGCCGCUGGGAGCGAUCAGCUGCAGAGUUGUGCAUGCUCGGAAAGGAUUGAGAUCUUCAUCGCAUUUCGUGCUGAGAAGUGUCAGCAAUGGAGCCGCAGGGGAUGUCAUUUCUGGAAGCAUGCGAAGGUUGUCAGUGGCGGCAGCAGGCAUGGCGACAACUGUAGCGUUGAUUGGUGGACCGAAGUCGCCAAUGCGCAAUUCCGGUCGCGAGCCCUCUACGUUCGUCGCGUCCUUGGGUCGAGUGAGGUCAUCAGCGGCCGCUGCGUCGGAGUUUGGUGCGAAGGUCACAGAUGAACCUGCAACCGUGGUAACUCCAAAGUGGCUUCAUGAUCAGCUUCAAGCUGGUGCCAAUAUCAAGGUGGUGGAUGCAUCUUGGUAUAUGCCCAAUGAAAACCGCAACACACUUGAAGACUACAAGGAAGAGCACAUUCCUGGAGCAGUUUUCUUUGACCUCGACAAGAUUUCCGAUGUAACAUCAGACAUGCCUCAUAUGCUGCCAUCCGAAGCUGCAUUCGAGCAAGCGGCUUCUACUUUAGGCAUCAAAAAUGACGAUGGGGUUGUUGUAUAUGACUCCAAAGGCAUCUUCAGCGCAGCUAGAGUUUGGUGGAUGUUCAGAGCAUUCGGCCAUGAGAAAGUGUGGAUCUUGGAUGGAGGUUUGCCAAACUGGAAGGCCAGUGGCUUUACUGUCACCUCAGAGGGACCUCAGCUACUGCACGGAGAGGCUGCUGUAGCAGUUGUGCAAAAAGUCUAUGCUGGAAAAGAGGUGCCCAAAAGUCAAUACAAGGCAACACUACAACCUCACUUGGUGUGGUCUGUGGAACAGAUGAAAGAUAACCUUGAAGAGAAGAAGUUCCAAGUUAUCGAUGCACGCGGCAAGGCUAGAUUUAACGGUACUGCACCAGAGCCCCGCAAGGGUGUUCGUGGUGGGCAUAUUCCUGGCAGCAAGUGUGUACCAUUCACUGAGGUUCUGAGCCCGACUGGAACACUUCUGCCUGCCGAGGAGCUCGGCUCUAAAUUCGAAAAUGCUGGUGUACCUACUGAUGGGCCAAUUGUGGCAUCCUGCGGCACUGGUGUGACAGCUUGUAUUUUAGCUCUGGCUCUGCACCGGCUUGGCAAGCAAGACGUUGCAGUUUAUGACGGUUCAUGGACGGAAUGGGGUUCUCGCUCUGAUACCCCUGUUGAAACCAGUGUUCCUAACAUGGCAUGAUGUGUGUCGGGUUUAUACAAGAUAUCUUUAGUUGUAAAGGAGUACCUUUGAUGCUUUCAACGGGAGCUUUCUCUAGCAUAUUAUAGUUUGGUACAGAUAAUUAGUCACUGGAUACUUUCGGAGGUUUAUAAUAUUUGGAUGUUGAAAACAAUAAACAGCGCUCCUGCAUAUCUUAAGGCUACGUCCCAGUGAUCUUAGUUGCUGUGAAACCUUCAAGAAAAGCAUCUCACUAUUUGGCUUGCAAUUCUGGAAUCCGAUGUCUAUUUUAUGAAUUUCUUAAUUCA